UAAUCACUACCAAACUCUCCAGAGUCCAAUUCCAUGCGAUUUCUCCACGGAGUUGUUUGAUUUACUCAAGAAUUUAGAGCAAUAAGCCAUGGGAAGGCAUCUCUCCACCUUUCUGCUGCUUCUCCUCUUCGCAAAUUCAGUUUUUUCAUGGAAAAAGGACGAGUUCAGAAACUGCAAUCAAACCCCAUUCUGCAAGCGCGCCCGCACCCGGAAACCGGGCUCCUGCUCCUUGAUCGCAUCCGAUGUCUCGAUCUCCGACGGCGAUCUAGUCGCCAAGCUCAUCGCCAAGCAGUCUAGUCAAGACGUUUCCGAGGAUCAGGGGCCCACAAAACCCUUGGUUCUCACAAUUUCAGCGUAUCAGGAUGGCGUGAUGCGGAUGAAGAUUGACGAGGACCAAAGCCUUUCCCCCCGCAAGAAGAGAUUCGAGGUGCCCGACGUGAUUGAGCCCGGGUUCUUGAAUAAGAAGCUUUGGCUGCAGAGGUUGAAGGAGGAUAAGGACGAGAAUGGUCCGAUAUCUGUCGUUUAUCUCUCGGAAGGGUAUGAAGCUGUGAUUAGGCACGAUCCCUUUGAGGUUUUUGUGAGGGAGAGUGGCGAGAAUGGGAAAAAGGUGCUUUCUUUGAACUCACACGGGUUGUUUGAUUUCGAACAGUUGAGGGAGAAAGAGGAGGGUGAGGAUUGGCAUGAGAAUUUUAGGAGCCAUACUGAUAAGAGGCCUUAUGGAUCGCAGAGUAUUAGCUUUGAUGUGUCGUUUUAUGAGGCUGAUUUUGUGUAUGGGAUUCCUGAACAUGCCACUAGUUUAGCCUUAAACCCUACUAGAGGGCCUGGGAUUGAAUUCUCUGAGCCGUAUAGGCUGUUUAAUCUCGAUGUUUUUGAAUACGUGCAUGAUUCACCUUUUGGGCUCUAUGGAAGCAUUCCUUUCAUGAUAUCACAUGGUAAGUCGAGAGGUAGUUCAGGUUUCUUCUGGCUCAAUGCUGCUGAGAUGCAGAUUGAUGUUUUGGGGACUGGAUGGAAUGAUGAGAACUCAUCGGUGUUAAUGCUGCCUUCUGACCAGAAGAGGGUUGAUACAUUGUGGAUGAGUGAGGCUGGUGUGGUGGAUGCGUUCUUCUUUGUUGGUCCAGGGCCUAAAGAUGUCGUGAGGCAGUAUACUAGUGUGACAGGAGCACCGGCAAUGCCUCAGUUGUUUGCCACUGCCUACCAUCAGUGUAGAUGGAACUACAGGGAUGAGGAGGAUGUUUUCAACGUUGAUGCCAAGUUUGACGAGCAUGACAUUCCCUAUGAUGUUUUGUGGCUUGAUAUUGAACACACAGAUGGAAAGAAGUAUUUUACAUGGGAUAGGAUGCUAUUCCCUAAUCCAGAAGAGAUGCAGAAGAAGUUAGCUGGUAAAGGCAGACGUAUGGUAACUAUUGUGGAUCCUCACAUCAAGAGGGACGAAUCGUAUUAUAUACAUAAGGAGGCAUCUGAGAAGGGAUAUUAUGUAAGGGACUCGACUGGGAAGGAUUUUGAUGGAUGGUGCUGGCCUGGCUCCUCUUCUUACCUGGAUAUGUUGAAUCCAGAGAUCAGGUCCUGGUGGGCUGAAAAAUUCUCAUACGAGAAUUAUGUUGGCUCAACUCCUUCGCUAUACAUCUGGAAUGACAUGAAUGAACCUUCUGUCUUCAAUGGUCCAGAGGUUACAAUGCCCAGAGAUGCAUUGCAUUACGGAGAUGUGGAGCACAGGGAGUUGCAUAAUGCCUAUGGUUACUACUUUCACAUGGCUACAGCAAAUGGGCUUGUUAAGCGUAGUGAUGGAAAAGACAGACCUUUUGUUUUGUCAAGAGCCUUUUUCCCUGGAAGUCAAAGAUACGGCGCAGUUUGGACAGGGGAUAACACAGCUGACUGGGAUCAGUUGCGGGUUUCAGUUCCGAUGCUUUUGACUCUGGGUCUUACAGGAAUCUCAUUCUCUGGUGCUGACGUCGGAGGAUUUUUUGGUAAUCCUGAUACUGAAUUGUUGGUUCGUUGGUAUCAGCUGGGUGCCUAUUAUCCCUUCUUCAGAGCACAUGCUCAUCACGACACAAAAAGACGCGAGCCUUGGCUAUUUGGGGAACGAAAUACCGAAAUCAUUAAGGAAUCCAUACGUGUACGCUACAUGUUGCUCCCAUACUACUACACAUUGUUUAGACAGGCAAAUGUCAGUGGUAUUCCUGUUAUUCGCCCUCUUUGGAUGGAAUUUCCCUCCGAUGAGAAGACGUUCACCAACGAUGAGGCUUUUAUGGUUGGAAACAGUAUAUUGGUGCAAGGAAUAUACACCGAGCGAGCCAAGCACGUUGAUGUGUAUCUUCCUGGGGACCAGCCGUGGUAUGAUAUGAAAACUGGAGCUGCUUACAAGGGAGGAGUAACUCAUAAGCUGGAAGCUUUAGAAGAGAGCAUACCCUCUUUCCAACGGGCCGGUACCAUCAUUCCAAGAAAAGACAGAACCCGUCGAAGCUCCACACAAAUGGAGAAUGAUCCUUACACUUUGGUCAUCGCGCUCAAUAGUUCCAAAGAAGCUGAAGGAGAGCUUUAUGUUGAUGACGGGAAGAGCUUCGAGUUCCAGCAAGGCGCCUACAUACACCUUCGUUUCACAUUUUCAAACGGGAAGCUUACUUCUACAAAUAUGGCCCCUGCUACAGCUGGCAGCCGCAAAUUUGCCUCGCGCUCCACCAUCGAGAGAAUCAUAGUCGUAGGUCUGUCUCCCGGCCCCAAAACUGCACUUGUUGAGCCAGGGAACCAUAAGGCAGACGUCGAACGCGGCCCGCUCCUGCUUCGAGGAGGGCCUGCCCCGUCGUCCGUCCUAACCAUCCGCAAGCCUAAUGUGAACAUUGCAGAUGAUUGGACGAUUGCAAUUUUGUAAACAGCUGCAUAGAGAGGGUGAGGAUACCAUUUGCAUUAGAUUGGGUGCCCUUUUAAUUAGAGGAUCAUGCAGUUGUUUCGAUAUUAGAACUAUAGAGAUUAUUAACAGUUUCUUUUUCUUUUAUCUUCACGGAUUCAUAACCAAUAUAAAUGCAAAAUUUAUGUUAAA